AGUCAAAGAUGAUGAUGAUGAAGAAGAAGAAGGAAGGAAGGAAGAUGAAGAAGAAGAAAGAGAGAAAAACUGGAGAAACUGGGCGGUCCCCCGAUAAGAGUUCUCAGUCAGUCAGUUUGAGAAGUGCGGAGCAGAGUAGGAUUUCGUUGACCAAGUUCCUGUGCACUUCUAGAAGUCGACAGAGUGGGCUGGCUAACGGACACAUAUAGGAAUAAGACCGAGAAUUUACACAACAUCCCUUAAGAAACAAGCCAGAAGGAAAAAAAAAAACAGUUUUAAGUGCCUUUAUGUGAGUGCGGCUCUGUGUGUGUCUGUGUGUGUGCGUGUGUGUGAAAGGGAGAGCGAAGAAAUGAGCGGGACUCGAAUUUCGACCAGACUCCCUCGCCAUCACCAUCAGACUCAACCAUGUGACUCGAUCGAGUUCAGUCAAGGCUCCGCUUAGGUCCCGUUGGCUUAUUACAUCUGGCCGUGGAAAUACCGUGAAAAAAAAAAAAGAAAAAGUGACGUUUGUCAAAUCUAUCUCUCCUCGAGAACGCGUGAUAAGAAUUUUCAGCUCGCAGCGGUUUCCUCCCGAAAAAUUGGCGAUAUUUAAUUUGGUGCGGAUCGACAUCGACUUCAUUGCGAAUCAGCAUGUUUCUCCGUCACGUUUUGUUGCUCCUGACCGCGCUCCAGUCGGUACAACCGCACGGACUGCAGACUGCAACAACAACGAUGCCGUCAUGCUGCGCGACUGCCGUGACCGACGCGUGCCGGAAUUACUGCCAACAAAUGGAUCACACCCUUCUCCCUCCGACCGAUCCUCAACUUCAGCGGGAUAUGGUGUCCCACUGUCCUCCGUCAAUGCAGGAGGUGUUUUGGAAGUGUCUCAACAUCACCAUAGGACCGAAGCAUGACGGAGACUACCUCGGUCGACAGUGUUGUUCAUUGUCUCCCGUUCACCGGUGCCAAACGGCCUGCCUCAGGGCCAAACAGUACUCGGAGGAUCUGGCCAGCGAGUGCCGCAAGAGCGACAACAUGCAGCUUUUCCAGUGUCUCAAUCUCAUUCGGGAAGGAGAAGAAUGUUGCAGUUUAUCGGCCGAUUCCAAAUGCAAAAAAGCAUGCUCCACUGUUUACAGCGCCACGGCGACAUCCGCUUCCGGAGCUGGCAUUAAUGGGACGCUGAGGCACGCGGCCAAUACAGCGUGCUCCCGCUCAUCCAACGUGCUGCAGUGCGCCAAAAAUCUGCUGAAAGUCGACCGAUUACCAAUCAGCACUUCUACGUUAGAGUGUUGCGAUAAGGGGAAAACGUUCCAGUGCCAAGAGACGUGCCGUUCGGCGCUUAAAGCUGGCGAACCGGACGCAGUGGGCUUAAUGGUCAAGGAUUGUGGCGAACUACUGCUGACGGAGCCAUUGUGGAAAUGCUUCAUGAGCAAAUCGCCGCCUUCUUCACCGGAGAAAAGUGCCCACAACAACGACCGAGCCAUCAACGAUAUCAGAAAUAGUAAGCCGAGGAGUUUAAUCGAUCCGUCAAAGACCGUGUCGACGACAAUCACGACGACAACAGCGAUCCAGCGUAGCAGUUAUGAUGCGGCUAAACUUAGUUGCUGCGAUCGUGGGACUCUGCAAUGUUAUCGCCUCUGCCGUAUGGCUCACACCAACGAGUUCUUCCCCGAAACGGAAGAGCUGGACAAUUGUGUCGCUCAACCCAGUGAGGCUGCAGUGGCCACUUGCUUUGAAGAUGUUGACGAGCCUUGCCAACCGGGUUGUUCCAAUCUUUCCUUUUGCUCGAGUUUCAAUAAUAGACCUUUGGAACUAUUCCGAAAUUGUAAUCCCGAAGCAGAUGCUGCGGCUCAAAACGUUUUUCAGGAAUGGAUACGAAUGACGCGCGUCGUACUACCAGGUUUGACAGGCAGACAAGACGUCAAACUAUGGGGCCCAUCAACGUGCAUGAUGCCUCAAUGGAAGGCAUUAGCUUGCGCCCUUCAGUUCAAACCAUGCCGACGAAAUAUGUUGCGGACCGCAAUCUGCUGGAAUUCGUGCAUCAAAUUGCUUAGCGGAUGCAUGACGCAAUACAACGCCACACUGGCCGUCGAAUUGUGCAAUCGUUUGACACCAGAGUCGUUUACAGGGGCCUGUAUUAGUCUAGAAGAUUAUGUGGCCCCUCAACCCAAAACUGUCGCCGUUGUGGCGCCGUGCCGCUACAACACUUGUCGAACCGAUCAGGUUUGCGUUGUUGAUCACCGCAGCUCCAACGGCUACUCUUGUUUGCCAGGUUGUCAAUUCGGGGACCGAUCAAAGUUGCUAGGCUUUCCAAAAUCCUGGGUCCAACUCCCUACACCUUCGACUUCCUGUUACUACAACAGCUGUAACGAAGUGUGCUAUUGUAAUGGGAAAGGUGAAUUACAGCAAUGCCACACGCCGCCCCUACAACCUUUUGAGGCUUGUCGGGUGGGCCAACAGCAGUUCGAACACGGAACUCGAUUACAAAAUGAUUGCAAUCAAUGUGUUUGCCACUACGGUGAACUAAUUUGCACUCGGUAUCGAUGUGAUAACUCAUCUGGUACUAGCGCCGUAAUCUGGAGUUGCCCACUUCAACCCAACCCUGUUUGUACCAGCUCCGGAAAGCGUUUUCUUAAUACUUGUGUUGCACAAUGGCACGGAACGGCAGUCGAGCCUCUAGAACACUGCCCGCAAGAAGGGCCCGACGGAUUCUUUGCACCAGAAUGCUACACUGUUAUCCAGUUGGUCUACAGUCAGAAACAAAUCGAUCGCUUGAGCCGCAGCACCAACAAGUCAACCAUCUUUUCUGCCAGUUUGGUGGAGCAAUCGCUUCGUUACUUACUAGCUUAUUCUCACUGUCACGUCAGCGUCUUCCACAGCUUUGAUGGAGAAUUACUUGCCGUUAUCCAUUCUCAGAUGCAUUGCGCCAGUUGUAGUGCCGAAGCUGAGAAGCUUGUUAUGCUCUUUGAUACCCGCAGCCCUCAGGUUACUUUAAACGUUCAGCUUGACGUCAUUCUACUGGCGGAGGUAGUUCAGUUCGUCCAGCUUCACCCUUCCCACACCCACACGCUGAGUAGUGGUGGUAGAGGUGGCGUUUUCGCAAAUCAUGUUCAAUCCAUCUAUAUCAUUCCUUUUUUUCUCAGCCUGCUGAGAUUUAUUUAAAAUCAAGCAUCGUAUUUACAGCGUGAAAGUUCACGUUUAUUUAGCAGCACCGUUUCAUGUUACGAGUCGUCGUCGCGGUAAUCCUCUGUGUAAACGUCUAUGCAGAAGGGAUGGCUGUCUAAUUUCCUGAUGGGAACCACACUAUUGGGAUUCAUUAUUUUAUCAGCCACAAUCCAUUGGAAGUCCUGUAUUAAUGUAAUAUCAAUUGUAUAUAAUGUCUGUAAAGAAAAAAUAUUUCUAAAUUUUCAUCUAAUAACAGUUGUCUUACCUCGGUCUUUGACUCCCUUUCGAGAAUCUUGUCAUAAGUUACGUUCAUUGUGUGGAUUUCGAACGCGAAUGUACAGUCCCCUCUAUUGCCUUGAAUUUCUGAACCAAAUCUCUGCAUCAUUGUCAACCAUAUUGCUCUUGCUUGUUGCCGGACUUCAGUCACAUUCAAUAUAACUUUUCCACUGCAUUAAUAAAAUGUUCUAUCACAGUCAUCAAGCAUAAACAGUGUUGGUUA